AUGUCAGAUUUGCAAAAUUUUCCAAAACUUCAGGACAAACGACUUUCUCUGAUUGGGAAACAGACCCACCGACUGAGAAAGACUACAUCAAUUAACAAUGAUAAACUUAAAAACAAAUGCAUCACGUAUGGCAAAGCUGUUGACAAAGACAAACGCAGUUAUGAUUAUAAGAUGUGGCAAAAGAGUAUGCCCCACAAACAGUUUUACAUUCACUCCAAGGGGACACAGAAAUGUCUAAAACGGAUACGGGACCAGGUUCCGGAUCUGGAUGACGAGAGUAGCCUGUACGGAGUUUAUGGUGGCGUCUCUUUAAGGGAUCUACAACCACAGAUAGACACGAUCAUUAGGGAACAGCAUCCGAAAGUUCGCCGCAUAAAGAAAACUGAAAAACUUCUCACUGACGGCAAAACUGAUGGUCGUAUUCUGGGUAAUAAAGAAGCCCGAGGUAUGCUGGAAGCAAUCCUUAACCGACCCUCCUUCCCGCCAAGACGAGAACGAGGCAUGACUUUGUAUAUCAGAGCAAGAAGACCCUCAACGGUAGACACCAAUGAAAUAACCAGCGCCGGAGCACUGCGACUUCCACCUAUCGCAGUGUCUAGAGAAAAUACUAGGUCGGGUCUUGUGUUCCGACCGAAAUCAAAACCCAUUAUGCUGAGGGAUCCCCCGAAAAGAUCUACCACAUUUGCUUUGGGUCUUUAGAACGAUUUGCUUUGUUGUUGUUAACAUUUUUAA